ACCAUCAUCAUCAUCAUCAUUGGUAUUCUCACACACACUCAAUAGUUGGAUUAUUAUUCUCACAAACACACUUGCUACCGCAUUACGCAUUCUCCCUUCUCCCUUCCGCACAUGGACAAACCACUCAAGGCACGCGCACUCUGGGACUAUUCUGCUAUAGAGGACAAUGAACUGGAUUUAUGUGUGGGUGAUUAUAUUGAUAUUAUAGAGUUGUGUAAUAGUGACUGGUAUGAGGGGAGUAUCAAUGGAAAGACGGGUUUCUUUCCUGCCAAUAGAGUAGAGUUGAUUCCCUUUAUUCAGGAACGCUCGCCUGCUGCGGCUGCUGCGUUUGCGCAAGGCGCUGACAAGGAAAAUCCAUUCGAGGACGACAAGGUCAUACCCCCUCUGCCCGCUCAUGCUCAUCCUCCCGGGCAUCCCCACGAUGGCGCAAACACACACGCGACACACGAAAAGGACUGGAAGAGCGUCGCGCAGCCAGACGGUCAAACGUAUUUCUGGAAUGCACAUACAGGCGAAACCGCCUGGUCUACUGGGAAUGGGAGUGCGAGUGGGAGUGGUCGGACGAGUGCGAGUACGAGUGCUUGGGGACAAGAGGGGCCCGUAACGUCCACGGACGGCUUUAAUGCAAGUGGCGCUGAUCGCAGCGCUCAUGGAGAAGCGCCCACGGAAAAGGAUGCAGGGACAAGCGACUUGCUAUCAGACCUGGCGCGCGUCAUUGACGAGUUUGAUGCUGGGCCCGUGAGUGAUACCUCUAUUCAUUCCUUGACGGGGAGUUUGCUUACGCUGCCGCCACAGAAAAUGGAGAGUGGGAGUGGUGCAAGGGAGGUGGACACACCCGUGUCGUCACCGUCGUCGGGUGUCCAAAACACAUAUGGGGAGGGAAAUGGAUUGCACGGCUCGCACGGACUGCAGGAAUUCCACGAGGCAACGACCGCAUCGGGCUCGCAUCCAGAGUCGACACCCUUGUCGUCGUCGUCUAGAUCGGGCUCUGCACAUGGACAAUCACAAGAAGAGACACCCUUGUCACCGAUAUCAAACUCUAACCAAGACGAACUCUGGAACGUUGUCCCUCCGCCACCUCCACCCCCACCCCCCCUCUUUCUCGAUGAACCCGACGAGCCCGACACACCCAUCACAACCGUUCCCCCCGAAAUCAUUCGCCGCGAAGGCUACAUCUCCCUCAAACAAAAGUCCCCCCCAAAAGGCACAUGGACCACCACAUUUGCCAUCCUAACCGUCGGAUUCCUCAUCUUGUACCCAUCCGCCAAAUCCAAACGUAAACCCUCGCGUGUACUACGGUUAUCGAGUGUACAGUUGGAUGCCGUUGGGCGACAACAUACGAAACGCAAGCAUGCGUUUUCACUUGUUUGUGAUGAGGGGGGAUUCUUGGUUCAGCCUGCCAAAGACUCGGAGGUGUGGGAGUGGAUGGAUGCGAUUCGGGAGGCGAGUCGGGAGAGGUCGACUCCAAGUGAGUACGAAAACGCCACGUCCAAACUCUUUGCUGCAAGGGACGAAUCCGAUUCCGGAAAACAAGAUGAUGUAGCCAAACCACGGUCCCGCCGCCCAACCACCAGCCGCCCGGACGAAGAUUCCGGAAAAAGUAACGUAAAGUCCAAAUUGGGGGCGUUCUUGUUCAAGCGGCCGAGUGUGGAUAAGUUGAAGGAGAAGGGGAUUAUUAGGGAUGAAGACCAAGUAUUCGGCGGCAACCUCGCAACCCAAACAACCCCAACAACUCCCAUUCCCCCCGUCAUCACCGCCUGCAUCACCCAAGUAGACCGCCGCGGCCUCGAAUCACAAGGCAUAUACCGCCUAAGUGGCAACGCGAGCACGGUGCAAAAGAUUCGAGUUGGAUUUAAUUCAAAGGAAUCGGUGGAUUUAUCGGAUGAGGGGUUGGAUAUUAAUGUUGUUGCGAGUGUUUUAAAAUGUGAGUGCUCGUUUUUUCGCUUUUGGGUUGCAUGAGUAAAUGUGUUUUGUUUAAUGCUUUUUUUGGGUUUUUUUAGUGUACUUGAGGGAAUUACAAGAACCCGUUAUACCAUUUGCGUUUUACGAAAAGUUUAUACAAGCUGCCAAACAACCAGACUACGACACCCGCCUCUGCGACCUAAAAACCCUCAUCCAAUCCCUCCCCCUCCCAAACUACACCACCCUCGAAUACCUCUUUCGACACCUCUCCCGCGUCUCCUCCCACUCCCAUACCAAUAAAAUGGAACCCGCCAAUUUGGCCAUUGUGUUUGGACCUACCCUGUUACGCCCACCCGAUAAUAUGGCGAGUAUGGGAUCUGAACUUAUGAAUAUGUCUUGGUGUAAUGCGGUUGUUGAAGGGGUUUUGGUGCAGGUUGAGUGGGUUUUUGAUGGGGAUACUUGUUGAAAUUCAUAUAUACUUUUUUUUUUUUUGUUUUUUGUGUGUGGGGGGGUUUUUUUUUGUGGGGGAAUAGAGGUGUGUGCUUUUGUGUGAUUUUGAUGGACUUGUGUGUUUCUGAAUAUUUUGCAGGUUUUGUAAAAUGGCAAAGUGAACAUCUUGCGUAUCAAGCGAGCAUCUCUAGAGUUUUUGAGUGGUAAGCGUAUUUUGAAC